GGCUUUUUUCCCGGCACGGUAUUUUCUAAUACACGAAUUUCCUUAACUCCGUAAAAGAAAACAAGCAACAAAAAUGCUUGUGCCAUUUGAGCGUUUAGUGCUUCUUAGUACGCUCCUUUCCCCAUUCGCGUCGGCAUCCCCUCUUUGGUCAAAUUGGCGCAAUGAUAGCCCAAGUUCUUUGGAGAAACGGUAUACCGACGUGUUUAGUGUUCCUGUCGACACGUCUUCUCCCGCAUCACUUUUCGGUUCUACAACACAUCCAUUGUCCCCAGGGGGUGUCACAGCUGACGCCUCUAGCAAACCAAUUGAGACCAACAAGUUUUACGCAAAUAUCCUUUUAGGCGACCGCACUUCUUUCAUUUACGCCGACCCCCUUCGCUUAUGGUGGCAGAGCUCAUCUUCGUCCGUCUCGGGCAUGUGCGUUGCUCAUACGGACGAUAAUCAGCGCGUUUUCGAUACCUCCGAAACUGUUCCUCAGUACUAUUUUGAACCCAUUGGAUUGUGUUCUUUGGGAUUUGGUGCAACGGGAAUUACUUCCACUGUUGCACCGGAGGUGGAUGAGAUUGAUCAGAUGUCGGCACGGAUUUCUUUCGAAUGGGAUUCCUCGUCUAUGUCUAUGAAUGUCGUUAGUGGAAUGGCAUAUGCCACGGCUGUGUAUGAUAAUGCCGUCCCAAUUUUGUUCUCUUCCACAUACUACUUUUCCUCGGUUGAACAGAUUUCUUUUCGCGACUCCGCGGAGAAGUAUCGUAUCGAACUGUCAAAUGGAAAUGUCUGGCUGGUUUACGUUUUCGGUAAUGCUUUGAGUCUGGAGUCCACAUCGACUCAGGUGCUCACGGCCAAUGACACCUUCACCGGCUUUAUUCAAAUUGCCAAGAUCCCAUCUGGUAGCGCGACCGCCGAAGCGGUUUACGAUAAACAUGCCGGUAAUUACAUUACUGGCGCAACUGUUACUGGUCACACGGAAGACUCAAAGGCGCUUUACUCAUUGAAUUUCAACACCGUUGGUGAUUUAUCUCACGAUCCCCUUAUUUUCGGCUUGCCUCACCAUGUGGAAUCUAUGAUCUCGGGAGGCACUGUCUCAACAGUCCAAUUGAGCUCAUUGACUAGUGGCGCUAUGACCGCCAUUGCUGGUGCUACAUGGACUUUCCAAGAGACCGCACCUUCUGACAUUGGUUUUCUUCCAUGGAGUCCCAAUGGAACCGCCAUUGGUUAUUCCGAGGAAGCAUUGAUUGCUAUUGCGAAUGCUGCUGAAAGCGAACUUACGAAUGACUUUUCCAGCGAGAGUAACCUUGAUUCUAUGUACUAUGCGGGAAAAGUCUUAGCAAAAUAUGGUCUUCUUUGCUUAACUAUCAAUGAUGUGCUGGCCGAUACUACCAAUGGUCAAGCUUGUGCUGUCCGGUUGGCAGAUGCCUUGAACCGCUUCGUCAGCAACACUCAAAUUUAUCCUUUAAUUUACGAUGAGACUUGGAAGGGCGUUGUCAGUAAGGCUGGUCUUUCGGGCUCGUCCUUGAGUGACUUUGGUAACACUUACUACAACGAUCAUCAUUUUCAUUAUGGAUAUUUCGUUCAUGCCGCUGCCGUUCUGGCGCACAUUUAUCCGGAUUGGCUUAACGAGGGAAACAACAAGGCUUACAUCAACAUGCUUAUUCGUGAUGUUUCCAACCCAACCUCUGCUGAUACUUACUUCCCUGUUCAACGAUCAUUUGACUUUUUUCACGGACAUUCUUGGGCUACUGGAAUUUUUGUCUCUAACGAUGGAAAAGACGAGGAGUCAACUUCCGAGGAUUACAAUUUCUUCUAUGGAAUGAAGCUUUGGGCUCAGGUCAUUGGCGACUCGGACAUGGAACAGCGGGCUGAUAUUAUCUUGGGUAUUCAGAGACAUGCCAUGGGAAAAUAUAUGCUUUUUAAUGAUGGCAAUGUUCAACCCACCGUUAUGCAACCCAACGAGAUCGCAGGUAUCACAUUCAUGAACAAAAUUGCCCAUACAACUUAUUUUGGAACGUUGAUUCAAUACAUCCAAGGCAUUCAAAUGCUUCCCAUCACUCCUAUUUCAGCAUUCAUUCGUCAACCUGCUUUCGUUGCUAAGGAAUGGGAAUCUCUUUUGGCUAGUGCUAUUGACAGCGUUACAGAUGGAUGGCGCGGAAUCUUAUAUGCUAACUUGGCUAUUGCGAACCCGACUGCCGCGUACUCCUUUUUCUCUCAAGAGAACUUCGACACUGCCUACCUUGAUGGCGGCAGCUGUCUCUCUUGGUACAUCGCAUAUGCCGCUGGCUUAUCUGGUGUCGAUGCUGUCUAUUACCCAGCCAGUACCGGUUCCGAUUCUUCCACCUCUACUACGACUGCGGCUGCUGUCGAGCCUACUACGACUACUGCUACUGCGCAGUCUGCUUCAUCAACUACUUCCUCCUCUGGCAUUUGCAAUGGAGCAGUGUACGAUUCGUCUUUGUACACUUGCGAAUCAAAUAUGCUGUGUCCUAUUAUCAAUGGUGUUGUUUAUAAGAACUGCGGCGGUGCGUGUUACAAUGCCGAUCAAUACAGUUGCAGUUAUGACAGCCUUUAUCCUGCCGAUUCUUCAAACACGUACACAACAACUUCUAUGACGACGAGUACUACGCCUACGCCUACUCCUACUCCUACCGAGACAACAACAGCGGCUGCCACUUCAACGAACACUGUUGGAGUGUGUGGAGGUUCAUAUUAUGAUUCAUCGGCCUAUACUUGUCAGGGCAAUUCUGUGCUUUGCCCUAUUAUCAAUUCAGUAGUAUAUUUGGCAUGUGCUGGCGCAUGCUACAAUCCUUCUGAGUACUACUGUUCUAACAAUGCACUCUACUACGGAACCACUACAACGACUACAAUGGCUGCCGCAACUACGUUUGCUACUUCCACAACAACAACGCCCACGCCUACCGCAACAGCGACUUCGACCGUACCGACUAUUGGUAUGUGUGGGGAUGCUUACUACAGCACGGAGUCGUAUACUUGUUACGGAAACGUACUUUGUCCCAUCAUUGACGGAAAGGCACUCGAGGUGUGUGGAAUUGCUUGUUAUGACACGGGUGCUUACUCGUGCAAUGAAGGUCGUCUAAUUGCCCUGUAAGCGGUAAUUUUAAAAGAAGAAGGAGGGAGCAAUUGGUCUUUCUCUUUCGUGUUGUGAUUUUUCCACUUAUGAUUCCCCUUUUCUGUUUUUCCUUUUUGUCGCGCCUGUUGGCCUGGUCUUUUUGGUGGAUUUCCUAAGCUUUAGGUCUGGAACCUUAAGCUCCUCAUUUCUUUCUAAAUGUUUGCGCAUAGUAGCUCUUCUGGAAAGAGCCCUUUUUGCAAUUCAUCUAAACCUUAUUGCGAAAUUUUCAUACUGUUUUCGUAUAAUAUAAUCCCCUGUUAUUCUGUUACAUACACA